AUGACGAGUUCAUUAGAAACAGCACUAUUAUGUCCAAUCAGUUUACAAUUAUUUCACGACCCUGUCAUGGCUGAAGAUGGUCAUACAUAUGAACGAACAGCUAUUAUGGAGUGGAUUCGUUUGAAUGGAAAAAGCCCUAUUACACGACAGCCGUUGAGUAUUUCGGGUUUGCGUCCUAAUUAUGCUAUUAAGAAAGUGGUAGCUGAUUUCGAAAACAAUAUUCAAAGUAAAGACUAUAAAUUUAAAAUGGGUAUUGAUGUUAGACGUGAUAAACGAGCACUUUUUCAAUCUUUUGGUAAAAGAAUCUAUAAAGCUGACUGGAUUACACAAGAACAACGACCUCCAGUCAUCAUACUACAAAUUGAAGGAGCGCGUGCUCAAAAAGAAGCUUCAUUUUAUGUUAAACUCAGUCGGCAUUCACAUAUUGUACGAACAUAUGGACUUGUUGAAGAUGUUGUACCAAGUACUACAUCAGUUAUGUUAUUACAAGAAUAUGCAUCUGAAGGAAGUCUUUAUGAAUUAUUGGCUUAUCAGCAAGAAUUGCCAAAUGAUAAAAUCCUUAAGGAAAUAUUUAUUCAAAUUAGCGACGCUAUGACCUUUCUUACUCUCAACCAAAUUGUACAUGGAGAUCUGGCAUGUCGGAAUGUGCUCGUAUUUCGUUUUGAUCCAAAUGAAGCCAAACGUAAUUAUGUGAAGCUAACUGAUUUUGGGUUAAGUCGAUUUAGUUCAAUCUACUCAUCUGCUGCUGGUGUUAUUUCAACAACUACAAUUCAUAUCGUUCCAACGCGUACAGUGGCGCCUGAAAUUCUUGAAAACAAUUGUCAAAUAUCCUAUACCGAAAAAUCCGACAUGUAUUCGAUGGGUAUGCUCAUGAUCGAGGCAUAUAAUAAAGGUACAAUCCAUUGGUCUCAUAUUGCCAAUGAUGAUGCUGUUCGUACGCAAGUUUUGGCUGGCAAUCGACCGUCGUGUCCGACAAAAUGUCCACAUGACCUUUGGACAACAAUUUGCAUGUGUCUAUCACAGACACCAGCUGAAAGACCGACUUUUUAUGAUUUACGAGACAAUUUGACCGAUUUCACGAAUGAUCCCAGUACAGAAGUACUAGCAACAAAUGUUUCAUCUUUAACUCCAACGCUACUCACCCGAUCUAAUAGACCUACUCACCACAUCCAUCAGACCUACUCGCAUAAUACAACAAAAUCGUCUUCAUACCUUCACAGACGCACUAAUAAUACAACUAUUUCAACUACAAUUACUGAUCUACCACCUGUAACUCCGCCACCAACACCUUCUGUUUUACCACCCAUUCCACGCAAAUCGAAUUCAACAUCAUCCAUACCGACGAUUAGUCCUGAAACAUUUGUACGACCAUCCAGUCCAACGAUUCAUGACUCACCGCCUACAGUAGAAUCAUCAACACGUAUUCAACGUUGUCUACCUUCUAUUCAAAUUGAACCAUCCGAUGGAACAGAUAAUCAUCAUGAAGAUUUAUUCGACUCCCUGACGCCACUCACCAAGCAAGCUGACAAGCGAAAUGUUUUAGUUCAUUCGAGGGCUUCCGCAAAUGUUACAAGUGCAAUCAAAGAAAAGACAAAUCCUAAAGUGAAACAAGCUUCAUAUGUACCAUCUGCAUCAACUGAUCCAGUGAAUAGUGUUUCCAAUGAUCAAACAUCUCAAAUACGCCAGGUGUCCAGUUUCCAUGGUAUUGCAACAAGCGGUAUAUUCAACAUUAUUAUAACUAUGAAUACAACAAAGCCAGAAAGUGUUAUGCUUGUGAGUGAUCAACCUAAAUUAUUUGAAAAAAUUGAAACAUCUGUAUCCUUGGGUAUUCUACGCAUUCAAGUGCCUGGUAAUAGUUCAUCAUCAAGUAAGACAUAUCAUAAAUAUGCAUCAACUUCUACACAUACACGCUCGACAAGUGAGCGACGUUUUAGAGGCAAAACGGAUGUGCAUAUAAAUGCUCAUCGCUUAAGCAGCUUAAAAAUGAAUGGAAUGGAAUCGGUUGAAGUAUCUGGUGCUGGUAUCAAUGCUGAUGUAUUCGACCUUGAAUGUAGUGGUUUUAAUUCAAUUUAUGGCACCAUACAUGUUAAACAGCUUAUUGCUAAUAUUCGUGGUUUUGCCAAUGUGCAUUUAAUGGGUAGAGCUGACACUAUUACAAUAACAGUUGCUGGUAGUAGUAAAUUUCAAGGUCUUGAUUUACUAACAAAAGUAGCUAAUGUAACUAUUCAUGAUGACUGUUACGCUGAAAUUAAUUGCGAGCAGACCAUGAGAGUUGAUAUAUCGGAUGACGAUGAUGGAAAAAUUGUAUACAAGGGCAAUGCAAUUGUAACUCGAUCUUCCGGUGUAUCAGGAGGGAUAAUUCAAAAAAUUGAUUAA